AUGGAGCCGGCCAAGCUCGACAUUCGCGAAGGCUCGAUCGUCGAGACACCGCGCACGUCGUGGACGGACCCGUUCUUCACCGUCGACCAAGACCUCUUUGUCUUGCACUACAACUGCUUCGCGCCCAAGCCAUUUGCGACCGAUGUCGAGUACCAGCGCGGCUUUGGGCACAAGUUUGGCGUCGAGCGGUCCAUGGCGCAGCUCGACAAGCGCUUUCGCCAGCUCACGACGCUGGCCACCAAUAGGGGCAUUCUGCGCGUGUACCUCAAGUCGCUCCUUGCGGCUGCGAGCCCCGUCGAGGCGCUCGACCCGACGUACGCGCCGUGCGUCGACCUCUCGGAGCGCCUCGAGACCGCACUGCAUCCGACACUGCGCCUUGAGAUGGAGAUGGACGACGAUAUGGUGGCCAAUAUGGACACGAUCCGCAUUGAAGUGUCGGGUCGGUCGAUGACGCCGUACGUGCGCGAAGUGCCAAAGCAUCUACUCCGCGGCGUCUCGAGCGUCAUUGAUGGCUUCCUCGCGCAAGCGACCGGCAGCACGCCGCCGCGGCACCAAGCGCUGACGUAUGUGCCGCGCACGGGCACGUCGCGGGAGAAGAUUGUGUUGACCGACGACGUGCCGGCGUACGACAACAUUCUGUUGCACAACCACUUUGACGCGCCUGUGUUUGAUCGCAUGGUCCUUUUUGCGAAGGACCAAGACGUGGUCGAGCGCCGCUUGACUUUGGUGGACGAGUACGACAAGUUUCAAAAGACCAACAAACUCAGCAGCGACGAAAUCAACCAGAUUUUUGAGAUUGAGAUGAAGCGGUACGGCGACGUGCUCGAAAAUGCCAAGAACAAGGAAGUCGCGCACACGCGCACGUUCCUCGACCAAGCGCUGCAGCACGACUUGCAGUCGGUCCACGCCAUGCACGCGGCGACAGUCGCCAAUGAAACAGCGCGGAUUUCGGCCAAGUACUCGGCGCAGCGCGAGUCGCUCUUUGUCCGCAUUGAAGUCGAGCGUCUAAAAGCGCUCGCGAUGCACCGCGACUCGACGCAGACGACGCUGGCACAGCUCGAGCAUGUUAUGGCCGUCAAUCUCCAGCAAGUGGACGCGAUCUUUGGUGCGAGCGAGUUUCUUCUUCAACUGCUGCUGCUGGCGCAAGAUUUGGCCUGCAAGAAGCUACUGAAUGCGUGUGUUCGGUACCUUACCGAGCCGCGUCGGUUCCAGCAGUUUUGCACGCGGCGGGAGCUCACGAGCCCGCUCUUGGCCGAGACGACGUUGCUCGUGCUGCUGCAGCACUUGCCCGACAGCGACGCGGCGGAAAUCAACACGGUGUACGGCGCACAGUUUGUCUACCACGAGAUGCUCCGGCGCGAGAUUCACACGCGGCUGAUUUCGCUCACUAAAGCGCUCGAAAGCUUGCCGAACGAAGCGCUUCGGGACGUCAUGCAGUAUGCGUUUGAAAAGUUUGUCGGCGACGCAUCGUCCAACCCGUCAAAGGAAGUGUCGGCGCUCGGCGAACUCUGUAAGGGCUAUCCGCACAUUCUCACGAAAGAGCUCCAGCGCCGGCGCGAGUUUAGCCAUGUGAAAAUCAACCCCGCGCUCUUGAGCGACCACUUGAGUUUGGCCGAAGACGACUUGCUCGUGGAGCUCGAGUCGUCGAACCGGUACUGCUCGGCGAUCGGCACCAAGCAGCGCUGUGCGGGGGAGUUUGGCCGGUGGAUGUUUGAGGUGUGUAUUGAAGCCAUGGAUCCGGUUGGCGCCAGCAUUGCGAUUGGGUGGGAAGUCCCUCGCAGCGUGCUGCAGUGGGCCCCGUCCGAAGACGUGUGGCGACAGACCCACGAAGCCCCCGAGUCGCCGCGCGGCGAAAUGACGCGGUUCGGCGAACUCAACGGCUACGGGGUCGUCUUUCCGGGACUGACGCCAGGCGACGACGGCAACAGCUUUGGCAUUCUCUGGCAGUCGCAUGCGGGCUUGAUGGGCGACGGCAUGGGUGUUCUCUAUUGCAAUGGCAAACAGUACAGCGGUGUGCCAACGUUUAGCAGCGGUGACGUCGUCGCGUGUACGAUCGACCAAGACGCGGUCGAGCCGUUCGUCGAGUUUUACUUGAACGGACAGCUCGUGAUCCCUGUCGUAUCCGACGGGAGCGCGUCGCCGCUCAAGAAGCGGGGCGAGGUGCAGCAGCCGCUGCGGCUCCACAGCACGCACUACGCGCUCUUUCCAGCCGUCACGCUCUUCUCGAGCAAGGACCCGAUCGCGCGCGUCCGGUUCAACUUUCGCGGUGGCUUCCAGUACCCGAUCCCGGGCUACGAACCGUACGGCGCCGAGCUCCUCGACUUGCUCGAGAUCGCAGGCCAGAGCAUCUCCGAGAUGGACACAUACUCGACGCUCUCGCCGCGCAGCUCGCUGCAGUCCAACGAGACGUGGGGCUCGGUGCAGUCGCGCCGUCAUAGCGACAUUGCGCGCUCCGAAGCGCGCUCCGACCACACGCUCACGGCGCGCUCGAUCAUCUCGGUCAACAACACCAACAAGUAGCGCUGCGUAUCGCAUGCAUUAAGACCGAAUCUUGAGGCAUCUUGG